AUGACCUUCUUUUCUCGGACAAGCAACCCAUUUCUCCCCUCCAUUCGAGUUAGGGUUGUUCCGUUCGGUGUGGUCCAUAUUUCUCUCACGAGGACAGUUUCGUCUCAGCCUUCCAGUCCUCUUCCACCUCUUCUUUCCGAACUAUUUGGAUCCGCUCCCGGUCCUUCUUUUUCAUCAAUACCUUGGCCCCUCGAGGGUUCCUCUUAUUCUAUCCCAGAGUCGUUCGCUAGCCCCGCGAUUCUUUCCUCCAAUUCCUCAUUAGUCUCUCCUUUUUGUUGCUGUUGCCGGAAUAAUUUCCUGACUGCCGUAUUGCCACACCAGGGCGGAUUUAAGCUUGGUCCAUAUAAGGGCCGGGUUUUCUUUGUACCACUCCCUAUGAACCUGGACACCUGCCCCGCUGCGUCGUCAAGUUCGAUUUUUUUCUUGUCGAUAACUCCAAAAACGGUUUUCUGUCUAGAACCGGAUAUUAGUUACUAUGGCUCAAUGCGAGACAUUUUGGUGGCAAGGAGAGAAAAUGGUGGUAAAGUUAUUGAAGGUUCCGUGAAUGCUGUUCAACGAUUAAAUAAAGCUGGGAUUCCAGUUUUUUCCCCAAUACCAGCUGUAUGUGCUAUUUUGAAAGAAAGAAACUUGCGACCAUUUCUUCUUGUUUCUCCAGAUGCUUUAGAUGACUUUAAAGGAAUUGAUACAAAUGACCCUAAUUGUGUUGUUAUUGGAGAUUUUAAUAAUGGCUUCUCUUAUGAAAUUAUGAAUAAAGUUUUUCGAUUUCUUAAGUCUCUGUCAAAUCCAGUUUUGUUUUCACUUGGCUGUGGUAAAUAUUACCAAGAUAAUGGAAAACUUGUACUUGAUGUUGGGCCUUACAUGAAAGCUCUGGAAUAUGCCUGUGAUAUUACUGCUGAGGUUGUGGGUAAACCAUCUCCUGAUUUUUUCAAAGCAGCUCUCAAUGACCUUGGACUUAAACCUGCAGAGGUUGUGAUGAUUGGAGAUGACAUUAUAAAUGAUGUUGAAGGUGCUCAGGCCUUAGGGAUGAGGGGUAUCCAAGUGUGCACAGGAAAAUAUAGGCCAGAAGAUAAAAUUCACCAAAUUGUGAAAGCUGAUGGCUAUCCUAAAAAUUUGGCUGAGGCUGUUGAUUUAAUUUUAUCACAGAAAUAA